AAAAAGAAGAUAAAAGAUGAUAAAAUCGGUGAUGAAGAAAAAAUCAGAAGCAGCCGCCAGAGAGGCACACAAUAUUGUAUAAUUAACGUUCAGCCAUGGCCUGGACUCUCGCGAAAUUGAAUCUCUCACUGCUGUUGAGUCUCUUCCUCGCAUCAGCUUCAAGCUUCGCGAAUGUUCCUCCGACGUGCCACCGCAUCGAGUGCCCUUCCUACGAUGUGAUUCAUGUCGGUGACGGCUACGAAAUCCGCCACUAUAAUUCCACUGUCUGGGCCUCUCCUUACCCGUUUCAAGACAUUUCUGUUGUCGAAGCAACCAAAACUGGAUUCUUAAGGUUGUUUGAUUACAUUCAAGGGAAGAAUGACUACAAGCAGAAGAUUGAGAUGACAGCACCUGUGGUCACUGAAGUUGCACCCAAGGAUGGACUCUCCGGCGAGUCCAUAUUUGUGGUAAGCUUCUAUGUGCCAGAGAAGAACCAAGGGAACCCUCCUCCAGCAGAGGGUGUCGUUGUUGGAACGUCAAAGCCCGUGUAUGCAGCAGUAAGGCAGUUCAGUGGGUUUGUAAGAGAUUCAAAUGUUGACGAGGAAGUUGCUGCAUUGAAGGCCAGUAUUGCAGGCACUGAGUGGUCUUCUGCCAUUAAAAAGAGCCAUAGAGGCGGACAUGGUUCUGGUUAUUGUGUUGCUCAGUACAAUGCCCCUUUUGAGUUUGACGAUAGGGUGAAUGAGAUAUGGUUCUUGUUUGAUAUGGAGAACGGAAGGCACUCUAACUAAGUUAAUGAAGGAGAAAGCAAAUAUCAAUGUGCCUUUUCUUGAAAUUUAAGAACAACAACAACUACAGUAGGAUAAGACUUAUUGUUAAGAAUUGUGGUUUGUAGAAUCCUAUGAUGUGUUGUGAGGCUUUCUUAUGUGUCACUCUCAAAGUAUCAUAUUGUGUGGGUACUCCUCAUUGUAUAAUGUAAAGGAAGCCCUUCUAGUUUUUAUAUAUCAUAUAAUAUAAAAAGUCAUUUUGCUUAUGAGC